AUGGGUAUCUGGACUGCCUUACACAACGCUUGGAAUGGAAAUAACAACCCUUACACAGGAACAGGUGGAUCUCUACCAAUGCCUGUCGAUGAACCUACUGGUCCAAGUUAUAAUUUUUCUCAAAUGAAAGAUUUAGCCACUAACCGUAAACCUUCUGUCAUUCUAGUAGACGUCAGAGAACCAUCCGAAUACGCUGUUGUUCAUAUUCCAGGCUCUAUUAAUGUUCCUUAUAAGUCUCAUCCAAAUGGUUUCGCUCUAGAUGCAUCAGAUUUCCAAUCCUCUUUCGGUAUUGCUAAGCCUACUCAAGAUAAAGAAUUGGUAUUUUUCUGUGCUUCUGGUAUGCGUGCUGCUAAAGCUAGAUCUGUUGCGUUUAACAACGGUUUCCCAAAUACAGCUAUUUAUUCUGGCUCUAUGAAUGAUUGGGUUAGCAAUGGUGGUGAUAAGCUGAGUUUCUAA